AUGGAUCAACCCUCGACGGCUGAAAAGGCUCAAAGUGAGGCAGACACUGAUGACUCGCAUGUGUUCUCUCACCCCAGUUCACCAACCACACACCACAGGCCAGGCCAUGGUGGAGUCCACCGCCAUCACCGAAGGGUGUCCCGUCCCCAUGGUGAGUCCCACCAUCAUGGCAUAUCCCCUCAUCGUGAUGGAUCUCAAGACUUCCAUGACAAUGCCUUCUCCCGCCAUUCCCACCGCUUCCACCGCUCCUCAUCCCUCUUCCCGGAUACUUCCUGUGGCGCUUUCAUCUCCCACCAUUCCUAUGGUGAGGACCACUGUGAUGACGAGCACCACCACAGUAGCAGGAGACAUCACGGGGGGCCCCACCAACAGAGGGAGUCCUACCACCACGGGAGACUCCAGCAGCACAGGGAGUCCCAGCACCAUGCCCUGCCCAGUACAGUGAGGCCCAUCACCAUGGCGGGCACCACCAUCAUGAAGCCCAUCACCACGGAAGGCCUGCCUCCAUGGGGUCCUACCACCAUGACGAGCACCAGCACAGAGAGCACCAGCACGGUGCACAUCCUCGUGACUACCUCCACCGAGAGCACCGCUAUGGGGACGUACUCACACCCUGCCCAGACCUCCAGCAAAGUCCAUCCUCGGGGCUCCUCCUCUAAAACCUCGGAAAGCUGGCCCGAAGAAGACGAGCAGAUUCAGAAGCACAAAACUGGCCGAGCCCCACGAACCCACAAGAAGCUGCACACUGUGGACCUCUUCUAUUUGUUGUGGGAGAAAUUAAGCCACCUCAUGUGGGGCCUUUCGAGAAUGCUCAGGAAACUGACUGACUCCUUGGCCUUUGAAGCCUUCGUCGUCUUCAUCGUCUGCCUCAACACCAUCAUGCUCGUGGCCCAGACCUUCGCUGAAGUCGAGGUCCGGGGUGAGUGGUACUUCAUGGCCUUGGACUCCAUCUUCCUCUGCAUCUACGUGGUGGAAGCUGUGCUCAAAAUCAUUGCUCUGGGCCUCAAGUAUUUUUUGGACCCCUGGAACAACCUGGAUUUCUUCAUCAUGAUCAUGGCUGUGCUGGAGUUCAUGCUCAUGCAGAUCAACUCUUCCUCCAUGCGCGUGGUCUACAACCAAAGCAUCUUCCGCAUCUUCAAGGUCUUCAAGAGCCUGCGAGCCUUGCGAGCUAUCCGGGUCCUGCGGAGGCUCAGCUUCCUGACCAGCCUCCAGGAAGUGACUGGGACCCUGGCCCAGUCCUUGCCGUCCAUCACCGCCAUCCUCAUCCUCAUGUUCACCUGUCUCUUCCUGUUCUCUGUGGUGUUCCGGGCACUGUUCCGCUACUCUGACCCCAAGCGCUUCCAGAACAUCUUCACCACCAUCUUCACCCUCUUCACCUUGCUCACCCUGGACGACUGGUCCCUCAUCUACCUGGACAGCCGAGCCCAGGGCGCCUGGUACAUCAUCCCCAUUCUCAUGAUAUAUAUCAUCAUCCAGUACUUCAUCUUCCUCAACCUGGUGAUUGCCGUCCUGGUGGAUAACUUCCAGAUGGCCCUGCUCAAAGGCCUGGAGAAAGUGAAGCAGGAGAAGGCCUCCCAGAUCCAUGAGAAGCUACUGGAUGACUCACUGACAGAGCUCAUGGAAGCAGAGCCUGAAGAGGUGAUAAGUGGACACACUAUACAGAAGCAGCUCAUUGAGAAAAAAUUUGGAGGCAUGACUGAGAAGCAGCGGGAGCUCCUGUUCCACUUCCUGCAGCUGGUGUCCGGGGUGGAGCAUUACCAGCAGAAAUUCCGCUCCCAGGCAGCUGUCAUCGAUGAGAUUGUGGACACCACGUUUGAGGCUGGAGAGGAGGACUUCAGGAAGUGA